AUGUAUGAAGAGUCAGUGAAAAGCAGAGCAGCUUCCUCAUAUAAAUUUGGGACAAUUAUUUGUAAACGCAGUGAUUUGUAUAAAAGACUAGAAGUAGACAGGGCCAGCCACUAUAAAACUGCUUUAUUCGAAACUCUUUUGAGGCUAGGAAAUAGUGAUUUUAAGACAAAAGCUUCUAAAGAAUUUCUUAUUAUAAAUUGCAUUGUGCUUUUCAUCAGAAAAAUUCAACUUUUAUCGAUUAUUCUUUUAACCUUUGAAAAUUCCAAAAAUAUUACUUUAGAAUCUUUUUUAAAUUGGUUAUUGAAAUUAACAAGAUUUGAUAUUCUUUGUGGUGAAUUUAAUCUCCAGUUUAUAUUUUUAUUCAUUUUGAUAUCAACUCUUUGGGGACUUUUUAUUAGCUUUUGCUUAAUUUAUUUCCAAAUAUAUUAUAGAAGAAAUGUCGUUUCAUUGCCACUUGUUCUAGUAGCUAAAAUCUUAGGAUGAACAUACGAAAAUAUUUUAUUUGUGCCUUAUUUAUACAGUGUUGGGGUAUAUUCUAAAUAUACUUUUUUUGAUAAUUCUACUGAAAUAACAGAAUAUGACAAUAAAAAUUCAUCAGACUAUAAUACAUAUUGAGCAAUACCCUUAAUUUUAGGAUUUCCUAUUAUAGUGAUAGCUAUAUUUUUCAGAACUAUUUAUAAUUGCAAGCCAUAUUACACAAAAAAAUUUAAAAGAAAUAGGAUGUACUCACUUAUUACUUUGAAAGAUUUCUUUUUUCAAAUAAUCCUAGUUUUUUUAUCGUUUUACAGUUCAGAUUUAUUUUUUAAUAUCUUUUGUGCUAUAUUCUCUAUUUAUAUGGUUUUUCAGUAUUUUUUGUACUUGCCAUUUGUAGCAAUAUUUGAUAACUUAUUUGAAGCAAACACCUGGAUACUUAUGUUGUUUGGAGUGAUUUCUCAUCAGCUUUCUGUUCACACCAAUGCUAAGUCUGUCCGCGCGUUAAUCAUUUUUUUUAUCUAUCCAUGUUCUUGAAUUAUUAUGGAUUAUUUUAUGAAUAGGAAUUUCGAUUGUGCUUUCAAUACGAAUAAUAAUAAAAUGGCUCAGUGCGGAAUUAGUUCUCUCCGAGAACUAUUCCUUCCCUCGCUUUUAUUAUUAUGGGGUUCAGUUUUCCACGUGGCCUUUUAUCAGCAAUACCAAUAUGGAAUACCGCAUAGGGUAUUUCUUUGGUCCAAGAUAAUAAGCUCCACCUGGUUUUGCUGCUUGACACACACCCGAGGAGGGUGACCCUUAGGUGGAACACGCGCAGGAGUCAAGUUCGGGCAAGGCAACACUGCCGGUGCGGGAUUUCUGGCCCUGCUGGGGUAGAACUUUAUAGACGGCCAGAUCGGGCUAACCGAUCCAGGAGUGCUUGGUGACGUCACCAGUUGGGAGUUAAAAGGAUGGGCUCAAGCAUGCCUAAAUCAUCCUGCUGAAGAAAUCAAAACACCUUAAAUGCCUAAGUAAGUAAGUAAGUAAGUAAGUAAGUAAGUAAGUAAGUAAGUAAGUAAGUAAGUAAGUAAGUAAGUAAGUAAGUAAGUAAGUUAGUAAGUAAGUAAGUAAGUAAGUGCUUUCAAUACGAAAAAUCAAAAUCCUUAUUGCAUUGAGUUUAAAAUUAGGCGGCUUUUGCUUAAAACUAAAUCUAAGAACUUGCACAAUAAUUUACGAUCUCAGAUAAAAGCUAUUUUUACAGAGGCAACAAAAGAAUUUUUAUCAUUUAAGCUUCUUUUUGUAUGAGAAAGUUUAUUUUAUUUGCGAUAUAGCGUCUGUUUCGCUAUAGCUUGCCUUGGCGGGAGUUCUCCGCAGCAACUUGGAGCUCUAACGAGCCACCUAAAGGUGACAAGUCAACUCCAAUUUGACAAAAGCGUGCCAUUUUGUAAGGAUUUGUCAACUUGAAGUUGACCUUCACCUUUAGGUGGCUCAUCAGAGCUCCAAAUUGCUGUGGAAAAAAAUUGCCAAGGCAAGCUAUAGCAAGGCAGACGCUAUAUGAAAAGGAUAAAUCGUUAGCUCUAUUGAAACUUUCAAAAAUCAAUUUUUCAUCUCAAAACAUUUUAAGAUUUUGAAAGCAGGAUAAUAAAAAUAAAAAAAAUUUCUUUAGCUAUCCUGACAUAGAAGCAGAAUUUUUAUAUUACUAUUAUUAUAAUGAGCUUAUAAAUGAAGAAUCCGAAAAAAAUUUAAUGCUGAUAAGGUACAUAAGAGACAUUAACCAGCUGAAUACAAAAGAUUUAGAAGUUGCAUGUGAUCUUUGAGAGUUAUAUACAAAACUAUCAAAUAUAUCUGAACAUUCCCCACGGAUUAUUAGUAAAUUUUGUUCAAUACUUGCAAAUUCCAAAAAAAAAUACGAAAAAAAAGCUGAAAAAAUGGUGAAAAGGCAUCAUUUAGAUCCAUUGGUCCUUAAAAUUUAUGGAUCAUACAAAGAAGAUUUAUUAGGAGAUAUUGAAGGGAAAACGCUCCUCGAUAAUAGCAAAAAUCUAAAGGGGACGCACGUUUUAGGAAUUGAUAAAAGCUCGGAUGCAAAAUUUCAAGGUAUGGCCAUUAUGGUAGUAAGUGGCAUGCCUAAUACGAUAGGAGAUAUUUUAUAUUUAAAAUUCAAAAAUUGCUUGUAA